CCACGGACGACUGUGGAGGCCAAGUCAUUAGGCAUAUAUAAAGCAGCAUGUAUAUAGGUUCUUGAUUAGUAAGGGUGUCAAAGGAUACGGGGAGAAGGCAGGAGAAUAGGGUUGAGGGAAAAAUAAAUCAGCAGAUGACAGGCUGAAUAGCCUAAUUGUGCUCCUAUGUGUUAGGGUGGGCACAGAGUCCAAAGGCCUGUUUCUUUGUUAUCUGACUGCGACAAGUUUUUAUCGAAGGGGAGGGACUGGAACGAAUGUUCUGGGACAAGUGAGCAAGGUCGGAGCGGGGCGGUGUCGGACUCGGAGGACCGAGCGCGGGGGCGACGUCGGUCGAUCACGGGCCGUAAUUCGCCGUCGGAGGCCGCUAGGCCGCACAGUUUCGGACUCGGCCGAUCCGAGCCUUGCCUUGUUUAAGUGGAGGAGGGAGCAGUCUUGUCCGAAGCCAUGCCAACUGUGGUGCUGUUGGAUGUUUCUCUCUCCAUGACUCGCCCUGUCUCCCUGGAGGGCACUGAGGAAUACCAGCGCAAACACUUGGCUGCUCAUGGGCUCAGCAUGCUUUUUGAACAUAUGGCGACCAGUUACAAACUGGAGUUCACUUGUCUUGUGGCUUUUUCCUCUCUCUGGGAACUGAUGGUUCCCUUUACCAGGGAUUACAACACUCUUCAGGAGGCUCUGAGUACCGUGGAUGACUAUGAUAAGACCUGCCUCGAGUCUGCUCUUGUGGGGGUCAGCAACAUUGUGCAGGAUGAGUGGGGUGUCUGCAUUCCCUGUCAGGUGAUCCUUGUAACAGAUGGGAGUCUGGGAAUAGGUCGAGGAUCCCUCCGUCACUCGCUCUCAAUCCUCACUCAGCGUUCCGAAGACAGCAAGUUCCCGCUUCCCUUCCCAUUUCCAUCAAAGCUGUAUAUUAUGUGCAUUGCUAACUUGGAAGAGCUUCAGACCACCGAUACACUGGACGUUCUUGAACGUCUAAUAGAUUUAAACAACGGUGAGGGGCAGAUCUUCACUAUUGAUGGUCCUCUUUGCCUGAAAAAUGUGCAGUCUAUGUUUGGCAAACUGAUUGACCAAGCCUACUCUCCAUUCCAUGCUGUGCUGAAAUGUGGGCAUCUAGUUUCUGAUAUGCAGAUGUUUCCAAGACCAGAACCUGUCAUCAUUGAUGAAGAACUGGAGCCUAUGCCAAAAACUAUCAAUACAGAGUUGGAUAUUGUGGGAUUUAUAAAGAUUGCUGAUAUCGCCAGCCCCCCUGUCCUCUCUCGACAUUUGGUCUUACCUAUAGCUCUGAAUAAAGAAGGUGAUGACUUGGGGACUGGUUUACCUGAAGAAACUGAAGAUGAGAAUUCUGCUUCUCAAAUUGCUGGAAAGAUGCCUUCAUUUUGUGUCUUGCUCCAUGGCAGUCUGAAAGUAGAAGGGAUGGUGGCUAUUGUGCUGCUUGGGCCAGACUGGUAUGGGAUGCUGUACUCACAGGCUGACAGCAAAAAGAAAUCCAAUCUGAUGAUGUCCUUGUUCGAGCCUGGUCCAGAGCCACUUCCUUGGCUUGGUAAGAUGACACAGCUGGGACCCAUUUUAGAUGCUGAAGAAAACCCUUAUGGUGAAGAUGACAGCAAGAGCCCAUUUCCCCUUCAGCCACGGACAAAGCGCAGUUAUGCACAGAAUGUUACAGUGUGGAUUAAGCCUAGCGGACUGCAGACUGAUGUUCAGAAGAUUUUAAGAAAUGCCCGAAAACUUCCAGAAAAGACACAGACAUUCUACAAGGAACUGAAUCGGUUGAGAAAGGCAGCCCUUGCAUUUGGAUUUUUGGACCUGCUGAAAGGCGUGGCAGAUAUGCUGGACCGUGAGUGCACACUGCUCCCAGACACAGCCCAUCCUGAUGCUGCAUUUCAGCUCUCUCAUGCUGCCCAGCAGCUUAAGUUAGCCAGCACUGGGAACUCUGAAUAUGCAGCUUAUGAACACAAUAUCACUCCACUGCAGACAGACUUUUCCAGCAGCAGCACUGACAGAAUUUGACUGAAGUUGGAGUAUUUUUGGUUCACUUUUGAGGACCUUUUUUGAUAUUCUGGUGCUGUGCACGAGGAUAUAGCGACGGGCAUGGGUCUGCAAGAAAAAAAAUGCUGCGGAAUUUCUCUGGGACGUUAGUAAAUCAUGAAGUCUACAAUCCAUAUUUUUAAAUAAACUUCAGCUUUUGUUACUGUUGAAGCUGAUUAAAAUCUCCAUAA